GCUAAUAUUUUAGUUAUGGGUGAAGGUCCUGAGCGAGGAAGAGUAAAAAUUGCUGACAUGGGCUUUGCCCGAUUAUUUAAUUCACCUCUGAAGCCUUUAGCAGACUUGGAUCCAGUAGUUGUAACGUUCUGGUAUCGAGCUCCAGAGCUGCUUCUUGGAGCAAGGCAUUAUACCAAAGCUAUUGAUAUUUGGGCCAUAGGGUGUAUAUUUGCAGAGCUGCUAACAUCAGAGCCAAUAUUCCAUUGUCGACAAGAAGAUAUCAAAACUAGUAAUCCUUAUCACCAUGACCAGCUGGACAGAAUAUUCAAUGUAAUGGGAUUUCCUGCAGAUAAAGAUUGGGAAGACAUAAAAAAGAUGCCUGAACAUUCAACUUUAAUGAAAGAUUUCCGGAGAAACACGUAUACCAACUGCAGCCUUAUCAAAUAUAUGGAAAAACAUAAAGUUAAACCAGAUAGUAAGGCAUUCCACUUGCUUCAGAAAUUGCUCACUAUGGAUCCAAUAAAGAGAAUUACCUCAGAACAGGCUAUGCAGGAUCCCUAUUUCUUAGAAGAUCCUCUUCCCACAUCUGAUGUUUUUGCAGGUUGUCAAAUCCCUUACCCAAAACGAGAAUUUUUAACAGAAGAAGAACCAGAUGAUAAAGGAGACAAAAAGAACCAGCAGCAGCAGCAGGGCAAUAACCAUACGAAUGGAACUGGUCAUCCAGGGAACCAAGACAACAGUCACACACAGGGACCCCCACUGAAAAAAGUGAGAGUUGUUCCUCCUACCACUACCUCAGGUGGACUUAUUAUGACCUCAGACUAUCAGCGUUCCAACCCCCAUGCUGCCUACCCCAACCCUGGACCAAGCACAUCGCAGCCGCAGAGCAGCAUGGGGUAUUCAACUCCCCCCCAGCAGCCGCCACAGUACUCGCAUCAGACACAUCGGUACUGAGCUGCACCCCAAUAACGUCAAUGCACUGUUGCUAAUGCUGCAGGACCGGCCGCGCAGCUGCCUGCCUGGAACCCGGCUUGGGCCACGAGAAUGUACUGUAAAACCACACCUCCAACCUGUCCGACCACCAUGAUCCACCCCCUUCCACAGAGCGGAGUAGUGGCUCCCCAAUCGUACCUGGUUUUGGGGUUAGACUUGAAAAGAAAGUGCUAGCACAGUUUGUAUUGUGGAUAUGCUACUUCCAUAGUUUACUUGACAUGGUUCAGACUGAUCGAUGCAUUUUUUUUUCAGUGACAGUCUGUAGCAGUUGAAGCUGUGAAAUGUGCUAGGGGCAAGCAUUUUUGUUGUCGUAUGUGGUGAAUUCUCUUGAUGUAACAACUUUAUCUGACCAAUAGUACACAACAUCUUUGAACUGGUACUUGAAGCAUAUAGUAUAUGUUACCAUGGCAAAAAAGCAAACUAACCGUGACUCUGAUUGAGACAAUUUUGAUAGACGUUUAUUUUUAGUGACUUUUGUGGGUUGGUUAAUUUUCCACCUAGAUCAAUGUUUUAUGACCGACAUGAUUGCUACGACAUGGGUUUUUUUAAGAACAUGAAAACGUUUGCAUUUUUCCCCAGCAAUUCUGAGUGUCCCAAAGAUUAAUUUCCAACAUAAAUUUUUGGUUUUUGUUUUUAAAUCUAUGACUUGACUGGUAUUAAAGCUGCUAUUUGAUAGUAAAAUAAGUAUGUUGUCAUUGAUAUAAACAUGUUUGGUUCAGCAAACAAACUAAAAUGAUUGUCAUAGACAGUGUUCUAUUUUUUUCCUGUUGGUGUUAAUGAUUUGUGAGCAUGCUUUGGGAUUAAAAAGCAUGAAUGAUAUUUCCUAAGAAGGUGCGGCAUCCAUUCAGCUAUUUCGUCAUGAUUUUUGAGAACCAGCUUGGUGUAGUGGAUUUUAAAUUUUGUUCAGUUAAAUUUUUUUUUAAUGUUCGCACGUUGUUUAGGGGUGCCAUUCCUACAGCAGAGGAUCAAGGUGUUAGGAGAGCCUUAGAAUUUAUGAGGAAAAACUUACAUACAAUGUACUGUAUCAAACUAUUUUACAUGAAUGACACAAGUAUUCUGAAUAAAAAAAAAAAAUCAAAACAUUGUUAAAACAAGGUGUUAUGUAAUAAAUUUAUUUUUCAUAAAUCUGCA